GGGUCCCCAGCAACCAUGCCACUGUUCAAAAUUCCAGCUAAAGAAAAAGCAAUGGAUGAUGCAACAAGAAGCUUUGCAGAAAAGGUUUUUGCUUCUGAAGUCAAAGAUGAGGGAGGACGACAUGAGCUUUCACCAUUUGAUGUGGAUGAGAUCUGCCCAAUUUCUCUAAGGGAGAUGCAAGAACAUAUAUUCCAGCUGGAGAACUUAUCCAUCUCCAUUGAAGGGAAGAGGAAGAAGCGUUUUGGGAGCCGGAAGACAGUUACUUUUUCUGUUCCACAAAGUGAAACAUCAUCCACCAAACUGUCCCACAUUGAAGAGUACAUUUCCUCUUCUCCUGUCUAUCAAACUGUGCCAGACUUCCAAAGAGUACAGAUCACAGGAGACUAUGCCUCUGGGGUUACAGUAGAGGAUUUUGAAGAAGUCUGCAAAGGUCUAUACCGGGCACUAUGUAUACGGGAAAAAUACAUGCAGCAGUCAUUUCAGAGAUUCCCCAAGACUCCUUCCAAGUACCUAAGGAGCAUUGAAGGAACUCUUUGGAAAGCAGAUGAAAGCUUAUACCCAGUGUUCACUCCUCCCCCGAAGAAAGGAGAAGACCCUUUCCGAAAAGAUGAUCUCCCUGAAAACCUGGGCUAUUGUUUCAAGAUGAAGGAUGGGGUCAUCUAUUGCUUUGCUAAUGAAGAGGCUGCCAGCAAAGAGGAGCCUAUACCACUCCCCUAUCCAAACCUGGAAAUGUUCUUAGAUGACAUGAAUUUUCUACUUGCUUUAAUUGCUCAAGGACCUGUCAAAACCUAUGCCCACCGACGCCUGAAGUUCCUGUCCUCCAAGUUUCAAGUCCAUGAAAUGCUCAAUGAGAUGGAUGAAUUAAAGGAACUGAAGAACAAUCCCCAUCGGGACUUCUACAACUGCAGGAAGCUCUUGGGAAAACCCAAGAACUACUGGUAUCAGAACUGGACUGAAAUCAGUGGGGCCAUGCCAAGAAAAAAAAAGAGCAAUAACUUAAACAUCCCACAUUUUUUUGCCCCUUUAAACAGCAACCAAAAUGUCCCCCUGACAAGGGACAGCAUCUUAUUCCUGUCCACAAUUUUAAAAAAUCUUCCUUUUAUGCAGAACAUGUGUUCAUUUCUUUGCCAAAACAUGCAAAUUUUGUCUUUUGUUUGUAAAUCAUUUCAGGAGCCCUUGAUGGAAGAAUAUGCUAUUGCUGCCCAGGUCUAAUUGAGUACCUGUGACAUGUGUGAAGUGGCAAGAAAUAGCGUCCUACAGUGUGGAAUGUCCCAUGAGGAGAAAGCUAAGUUUCUCGGAGAUAAUUACCUCGAGGAAGGUCCUCAUGGAAACGACAUCCGGAAAACCAAUGUUGCCCAGAUCCGAAUGGCCUAUCGCUUUGAAACCUGGUGUUAUGAACUCAACCUAAUUGCAGAGGGUGUAAAGGGAACAGAAUAAAAUAAAUGUAGCCACUCUACUGUUUGGAUUAUCGUUUCGUUUCGUUUC